AGCCGUGCGUGGCGGUAGCUCGCUAGUGGCGUCAUCAUCGCGCACCGUACCGGGAGGAUCGCGUUCGACUCUCAAAUGCAGAAAGACCUACGAUGGGUGUUUGAUGGAUCGAGUUUAAAGGAACGCGCUUUUGAAAAAGCCAUCAAAGGGUGAAAUUGAAUGUUUACUGCUAUGUACAUCACUUUGAAGAUGACAGGACAUCUUGAAACAUGGUCAGAUAUAGAGCUUUCAGUACUGGAGACCGCUGCACCAAUCAAAUAACACAAAAACAGAUGCAAGGUCUAAAGCGUUGUUGAUCAGCUCCUCAAAUGAUGAACCAAGGGUUUUUGCCACAAUUUGUGAUUGGCCGCCACAGAGGGUCAUUUGUCUGGCCACUGGAUGAACAUGGACGAGCACAAUCACGAGGGAUGACUAAACUAUACAAUUAAAACAUUUUGUCUACCAGCUAAUGAGCAACAUUAUGGAUCUGGAUAAAAAAUUCAGAAUCACAGAGAGAAUACUUUUUAUAAAACUGGGGCCAUUAUUGCAAAGAACUUUGAACUUGAAACCAAAAAUUACCUUGUAAGCUAGUAUAUUGAUUUGCUGUUGUAACAGUAACAAUGUUUGUGUUUCUGAUUACAUUAUUUUUUUAUUCUGAUAUCUCACCUGGACAUAUACUGUGAAAACGUUUUUUGGCUAAACACUCUUUAAUAUAUGGAGAAGUCUUUCCAGGAGGAAGAAUAAGUACUCUUCCAUUGGACUACAGUCUUCCGAUGUUAUGCCAGUGAACAACUUUUAAAAUCAUAAUGGAUUUUUCCUUUUAUAAUAAUGGCCCUCAUUGCUCCUAUGCACAAGAGCAAGCAGAAUGUGAAAGCUCUUCAGAUGGAGGGGCAUAUAUUUGCACUGAAUGUGGUGAAGGCUUCACACUGUACCCAGACCUCCAAAACCACAUGAACUUGCAUGUGCAAGAACAGUUGCCUUUCCAGUACAACAGCUAUGUGUUCCCUUCAGUUUUACCAACAACAUCCGUGAAUGCUGAAUAUACCCCUGCCAAUCAGUAUACUCUUCCUGUUCAGUUUACAGUUCAGGAAAAUGGAGUUCUUAGCAUUGUAGACAGACCACCAUUUUAUGAAUGUGUAAUCCCAAAUUCUGAAUCUGAACAACCAAAGGAUAGGGAACAACCAUAUACAGAUAUCACGCAGGGUGAGGUUUACACAGUUCCCUGCACUGAGAUUCAGGAUAUAAACAAAGAGGCAGAGGGGAUAGCUACUAGAACUGAGGGAGAAGUUAGAGAACCAGUCCACUCACAGUUUUCUUGUGAAAGUUGUGGUAAACUAUUCAAUACUCAGCAAAGCAUCCAAAGACACCAACGAUACCACACCUCAGACAAAGGAUACAGAUGCAGAGUAUGUUGCAAAAGUUUCCUGCAACGUGCUGACCUUUGCAAGCAUGUACAAGUACAUGCCCAUGAGAAAUCCUAUGGUUGUGGGAAGUGUGGGAAAAGAUUUAGACAACUAGAAGCACUGAAAGCUCAUCAGGGAAAUCAUCAAAUUUCAGCUAGUGGUUCAGAACAGGGGACUGGAGUUGGUGCUAACAAGAGUGGCUGUUUAGGUUCUGGUGAACACUAUUAUCCUUGUACAGAUUGUGGAUUAAGAUUCUUUUGGUUGUCUGACUUGCAAAACCACCAGUGUACAAAUUCUUCUAAGACACCAUAUUCAUGUGCAUACUGUGACAAGAUUUUCUACAGGUUUAGUGCUUAUAUGGCACAUAGGCAGAUACAUCUUGGCGAACGGCCUUAUGAAUGCACACUUUGUGCCAAGAGCUUUAAACAGAACUCAGAUCUUAAGAGACAUAUAAGGAGCCACACAGGCCUAAAGCCUUAUAAAUGUGUUCUUUGCAGCAAACGGUUUGUUCAACUGACGGAUCUUCGUAGGCAUCAUCGGAUUCAUUGGCACACUGAUGUAGCAAAGUCUUUAGUAGAGCAGAAACAGAACACUUCUCUAGGGUCAUUUGGAGGAUUGGUAAAUGGUGUUAGGAAGGUUGAGAAAACUGGCCGAGUAGUAGUCCCAAGCUCAAAGAAAGGAAACCGCCCAUCUUAUCCUUGCCAGAUUUGUGGGAGAUGUUUUACUCAUUCCAGUAGCUUAAAGCGCCAUGAGCGCUUCCACACAGGAGAGAAACCCCAUCAAUGUUCAGAAUGUGGGAAAGGCUUUGUACAGGGGUCUGAUUUGCGAAAGCAUAUAGAGACCCACUCUCGUCAAAAGAAAAAACACCAAAAGAAAUCUGGUACAGGAGAGGAGUGGUUGCCCUGCCCCGACUGUGGGAAAGUUUUUGUUCAACAUUCCCGUCUAUUAAAUCAUCAGCGAACUCACAAAGCAAGAGGUAACUACAAAUGCACCCACUGUAGGAAAGCCUUCAGCAUGCUAAGUGUUUUCCGAAGGCACCAGAGAUAUCACUUAAAGGAGAGGAGCUUUAAAUGUACAGAGUGCCCACAAAGCUUUCGACAGUCUUCAGACCUAAACCGACAUCUGCGAACACACACUCCUAGAGACAUCCUACAAGCAAACCAGCGGGAAACAAAAAGUUUGCUACAUGCUCCCAACUUGAUACAGCAGACAGAAGGUGAAAAAGACAAUGAAGAUGAGCCUCUUCUGUUUGAAUGUAUGGAUUGUGAUGAGAUGUUUUCAUGCCUACAGACCUUUCUUCAGCACCAGAUGUUUCACCAUCAGAAAGAACUCUCAACGGAAAAUCCUUCAAAUUCCUGAUCAAGACCUGCGUGGAGCCAAGGUGGUUUUUCUAAUAGUACUUAAAGCGUAUAUACAAGUAGUAUUUAAAAAGACACCUGAAAUUGUUGCAGACAUUUGAUCCUGGUUUUUAAAAUAAAGUACUGUGACUCUCCUAAACUUUGUAUAAUUAUGGUGUUUUUGUUAAGAUAGAAAAUAAACUGUAUUUUGAGUACUUGUAGGUAUUUGUAAUAUUGCUACGCAUGAUGUAGAUGCAAUAAUUACUUUUAUAUUGGAUUAUUGCAUUUAAAGUUUAUUCCACAGGAUUUUUGCAAGACUAAUUUUUAUAGAUUGUUUUUAGUGAUCAAAGUCUCUUAGUUGAUUUAAACUGUUAAGAGUCCAAAUAGACACCUUAGUACUUCUCUUGUGAUGAUGGUGUUUACACAUAAGCUUUUUUGCCGUUUCAGCUUGGUUCUAUUUCUAUAUCAGACAUCGGCUAUAUUUCAGUGGCCGGUGACAUCUUUUUAUGAGGCCAAAACAGUUCACUUUGUCAUAAAUAGUUCAUUGUUGCUUCAUUUUUUAAAUUAUUUCCUUUUAAUCAUCACUAAUAAAGAUUUUCAGAUAUAGAAAA